AGUUUAUCGCCAAUUUUCGUGCCGUGCAGAGGUGAACGCGGACCAAAAACGUGCGAAAGGAAAAGCACUGCCCAGAUGCGAGAGAGCCCAGCUCCGGCUCCCUAUCGCACCCGUAACCCGUAGUAUCGCCUCCGUGCAGCCCGUAUCCGUACAUCCUACGGCUACCGAAACCCCUAGCCCUAACUCAAGGUUGACUUUGUGACUUGGGCGUCCUUCGUCCUUCCUGAACGUCGGUUCAGCCACCGUUCACUUGUUUUUGUUUGCAUCAGCUCUUAGUUGGCUGCCGUCGGUUCUUUUUGGUAGGGACAGGGAUGAUUUUGAGGGGCCGAGCUGAGCUGAGCUGAGCUGAGCUGAGCCACCUCCCGAAAACUCCCCCCUAAAACGGCCAUGCGCGUUAACGGUAAAUAAUGGCCGCCAUCUUGGCCCAAACGGAAUGUGCAAAUAUGUCUAUAUAAUCCCCAAGUGCUUGUGUCUCUGUGAGAGUGCGUGUGACCACAUCAAAUCAAAGAUAAAUAGCUGAAGAGCUGAAAAGCUAUCGCCGAAAAUAAAUAGUCGCAUUAGGUCAGAUAUAUAGAUAGAGAGAACCGCUAGGAAUGGAGCACCACGGCAGUGGGUUCGUGGCUUCGCCAUGGGCCGCCGUUCUGGGCCACCACUCGAUGGCCUCCGAUGCCGGGUUUGCCGCUGCGGCUGCUGCGGCGCAUGUCCAGAACCAUUCAAUGCACCAUCCUAUACACUCGCAUCACCACCACCACUCGCACUCGCAUCCGCACCCACAUCCGCACACCCAUCCGCACCACCAUCCGCACCUGGGAAGCGCCGGAGGGAUGCCAAUGGAUCUGCAUGUGCCGCAGGGAUUCCCCUACUACAGAUACCGCGAGGACGCACUGUGCUGGGGCGACAGAAAGUCCAUGGAGGAGAUCGGAGCGGCCCAGUCCUCGGUGAAUGCGCGCAUUCUGGAGCUGCGCAAGGAGAAGUCGAGGGACGCGGCGAGAUCGCGGCGCGGAAAGGAGAACUACGAGUUCUACGAGCUGGCCAAGAUGCUCCCUCUGCCGGCAGCCAUCACCAGUCAGCUGGACAAGGCCUCCAUCAUAAGACUGACCAUCAGCUACCUGAAGCUGAGGGACUUCUCCGGACACGGCGAUCCGCCAUGGACUCGGGAAGCCUCCAGCAGCAGUAAGCUUAAAAGUGCCGCCAUUCGUCGCAGCCCCGCCGUUGAUUUGUUCGAGCAACAUCAGGGCACCCACAUACUACAGUCGCUGGAUGGUUUCGCCUUGGCCGUGGCAGCAGACGGACGCUUCCUGUAUAUUUCGGAGACGGUGUCCAUCUAUCUGGGCCUGUCGCAGGUGGAGAUGACGGGCAGCAGCAUCUUCGACUACAUCCACCAGGCGGAUCACUCGGAGAUCGCCGAGCAGCUGGGCCUGAGCCUCACCAGCGGCGGCGGCGGAGGCGGCGGAAGCUCGAGCAGCGGCGGUGGAGGCGGCGGAGCGGGCGGUGGCAUGGCCUCACCCACUUCCGGAGCCUCCGACGAUGGAAGCGGCACACACGUUGCCGCCUCCAUGACUCAAGCUUCGACCAGCGGCUACAAGGGAUACGAUCGGAGCUUCUGUGUGCGGAUGAAGUCCACGCUGACUAAGCGCGGCUGUCACUUCAAAUCCUCAGGCUAUCGGGCCAGCGAUGCAACGAGCAAUUGCAACAACGGUAACAAUGCUAGUAACAAUGCUAAAAACGUUAAGAAUCCGGGCUCAAACUAUUCGGUGGUCCUGCUGCUGUGCAAGCUGCGUCCCCAGUACACAUUCUCCCACAGUCGCAAGUCGCAGCCUCCACUCCUCGGAAUGGUGGCCCUGGCCAUCGCACUGCCUCCACCGUCGGUGCACGAGAUCCGGCUGGAGUGCGACAUGUUCGUCACCCGGGUGAACUUUGACCUGCGAGUAGCGCACUGCGAACCAAGGGUAUCCGAUCUGCUGGACUACUCCCCGGAGGACCUGGUCAACAAGAGCUUGUACUCACUGUGCCACGCCGAGGAUGCCAAUCGCCUGCGCAAGAGCCACUCAGACCUGAUCGAGAAGGGUCAGGUGCUGACCGGUUACUACCGACUGAUGAACAAGAGCGGAGGCUACACCUGGCUCCAGACCUGCGCCACCGUCGUCUGCAGCACAAAGAACGCGGAUGAGCAGAACAUCAUCUGCGUGAACUAUGUGAUCAGCAACCGAGAGAACGAGAACAUGAUCCUGGACUGCUGCCAACUGGAGCCCAGUCCGGAUAGCAUAAAGCACGAGGAGGGACUGGGCAACGACAAGAGCAGCGGGUCGCCAGGAGGAGACGCCAGUGGCGAGGGCAACUCGCACCUGAGUGCCGGAGACAUGAAGCUCAACUCGCCGAAAACCGAUUCCGAGGGCCAUUCCCACCGCGGCAGGGGUCGCAGUGCAGCCGCCACGCACGGAAGUUCCCUGAACAGCCUCACCAUGAUCAAGGAUAGCCCCACUCCGCUGGGCGUGGAGAUCGACUCGGGAGUGCUGCCCACCACAGUGGCCACUCCAGUGCCAGCAGCCACUCCGCCAGUGCAAUCCACCAAGCGAAAGCGGAAAACCAAGGCGUCGCAGCACGCGGAGGACCAGGGCCAAGAGCAGGUAAUCCCCGAGCAGCCUCUGCCCAAACUACCGAGCAUGGAGCAGCGCGAUCAGCAGCCACGCAGCCGCUUGCCCUCGAUUGUGGAUGAGCAGCCCUCGUCGGCGGCGGAUUCCGCGGUCAAGGACCUGGAGCAGGCCAUGUCCAAGCAUCUGCCCUCGCCAGCGGCGGUGGUAUCGGUGGCCCCGCCCAAUACGGACUUCAGUGCCGACUCUCUGCUUAAGCAGCAGCAGCAGCAGCAACAGCAACAGCAGCUGGAUCCCAACGAGAAAAGCAGCACCAUCCAAUGGAUAGGCACACCCUACCAACAGCCACCGGCGCCCAUGCCAGCCACCGCCCUUCUCCGGCAGUUGUACGCCAACCGGGAGAGCGUGAUCCGGGCGACGGCCAGGCAAACACCAACUGGAGUGGGACCCGGAGUUUUCUACGGCGACCAGCAAACAGGUCCGCUGCCCACGCCGCCGGGCAGUGAGUCGUCCUACGAGAACCAAUACCUGCAGCUGCACUCCGCCGCCUCCGGUGGACAUCCGGUGGGCCAGAAGACAUCCGCUGAUGCCUUCACCAAUCUGGUGUCCACCUACGGGGGCUACCACAGCUCCAUUGACUAUCACAACGCCAUGACCCCGCCCAGUUCAGUGUCCCCCAGGGACUCGAAUCAGCCGGGUAAGGCGGCUCCUGUCCUGGCCUCCAACGGAGGCUACGACUAUGCUCCCGAUCCACUCCGAGGUCAGUACGCCACUUCCUCCGGAGACGGCGUGCCCGCCGCGCUGCCCCUGAAGCCCCAGGCUUCCUAUACAGCCACAAUGCAUCCCUCGGGCAGCACAACCACCGAGGGUGGAGUUACCUACAGUAAUCUCGACCAGCCGCAGUACUUCGCUCCGCACUCGAGCUUCCACCUUUACCACAAGGGCAGCCCGGCCAGCGGCUGGUACUCCACGCCCUCCUAGGUGAUAGACGACCAGGGCCAGGUCCCACCAUCCUGCCAGGACCAGUAUCACCACCCCCACCAGCACCACCAGCAGCACCACCAUCAUCAAGACGGUUCCGCGGGAUCCAGUGCAAACCAGGCGGGCGAACGAUGGGACUUUGUGGGUGCGCUGGGCAAGGUGGCCAGGAUGUUUUUCAGCGCCAGAAAGGGUAAUCCGGGAUAGAGGGACCAUGUCUUGGGGGACUGAAGGAUGUUUUGCAACCACUGGAAGAUGUUUAUGGAAUCAUAGUUUGAGAACCUGAUGGUUAAUCACAAGAUCGGUUUUCUUAAAGGCACUAAGCGAAACCUAGUUUUCUUCUCCAGAUCCUAAAUGGGCAUUCCCUGUCAGCAAUCCGUAAAAGUUAGACUAGACUUAGGCCAAUCUAAAGCGUUAAAGCAAACAUUCAAUGUUGUUAAAUAAUUCUUAAGUAUGUAAAUUAUGAAACACACUCUGAGACCCAAUGAAAUUAUAGGAAAAAUACUCAAGACGCAAUGAAUUCAAACGAAAACUAACAAAUCGUAAGGCUAAUCAUAAUUAAAGUUAAUGAUAAAGUAAGACUUGCAUAGAGUGCCAAGGAACAGGAAACCGAACAAAAACGCGCUAAAUAGAGAGCGAAUCAAAACGGAAACACGGCUUAAACUAAACCCCGCCCAACCAAUUGUUAUUAAUUAUUUAAAUCAAUCGUAAUUUUACCAACACAUAAACACGCAUAUAUACGAUAAGCUCAAUAUGAUAUGUACACAUUAAUAUAUAUUUAAACAUUUUUACAACAUAUCAAAUGCUUCCUCCUUUAGAGUUAGGAUUACCUUUAAACGACACUCGCUCUAGGAUAUUGAUUUCGAUUCGAUUCCCGGCAAGUCGACUCGAUUAUUACCUCUAAGAGUUCAGCUAACGUUUGUCUAUUUCCGUUUCCUCCCUAUUGUAUAUUUAACGCAACCAUCUAAUUAAAUCUAGUUAAAAUACAACAAACAAAAAAUGCCCAGGCAAGAAAAGCAAAAAAGUGUAAUUAAAUUUUGUAUAAACGCAAAGAAAGUUUCUCCCAUUAAAGGCUUAAAAUAUUGAA